AAUAAAGUGGCUUUUCCUAGUGGGUUAUUUAUUUAUUUAUUUUCUCUUUUCUCCUAUAUAUCAACCUCCAAACUUUUGUAGCUUUGUGUGUGUAGUCUGCAGAUAAAAAAAAAAUUGCUCAGCAGCAUAAGCUACAAAAAUGGCUACUAAGCUUGUUCCUUUCCUCACCCUCCUUCUGCUUCUACUCUUUGAACUGGGCUCUGGAGUUCAUCAACCGGCUUUGCCUAAAGAAGAAGAGGCUUUUCUCUUAGACUUCUUCGGCGAAUCUGGCAAUUAUUGCAACGAUAGGAAUCUUUGGAGUGCCGGCGUAGAGGUGAAUUGCGAUUGUACCUAUAAGAAUAACACCGUUUGCCACGUCACGGAGUUAUGUAUGCGUUACACGAGGAAGUUCGACCUACAAGGCAACUGGGAGGAUCUGUCGGCUUUGAAAUACAUAGAUUUUUCAUGGAAUAAGUUGACUGGAUCCAUCCCAGAUAAUCUAGGGAAACUGCCAUCUUUGAAAAAACUGGAUUUGAACCAUAACUAUCUAACAGGCUCUAUCCCUUCAUCUUUGGGAAAUUUGUCAUCUCUCGAAGGGUUGCACUUGGGUUUCAAUUCAUUAUCAGGUCCAAUUCCUCGGGCAUUGGGCAAUCUCUCCAAUCUCAGGACCAUGUACUUAUCACAGAAUAAUCUUAGCGGCAAUCUUCCACCAGAACUUGGAAGCUUGAGCAGGCUUGACACUCUUUCCGUGGAAUCCAACAGGUUAAUUGGAGAGUUGCCGAAAGAAUAUGCCAACCUUACAUCUUUGGUGAUGUUUACAAUUGGUGGAAACAGUUUCACUGGCAGAAUACCCAACUUCUUUGCAAAAUGGACGAGUCUCUCUUACUUGGAUCUCUCUGGAAAUGAUUUUGCGGGUGACCCUCCUUCGGAAAUAUUUAAUUUAUCAAAUGUUCGGCAAUUGAGUAUUAGUGACCUAAGAAAUUCUAGUGUCUCUUUUCCUAAUCGUGCAAAUAUCACACAAAUGGAGUAUCUGACAUUGAGGAAUUGCUCAAUUGCUGGUCAAAUUCCCCCGUACAUUUUUUAUUUGCCUUCAUUAAAGCACCUUGAUUUGAGCUUCAACAAUUUAAUUGGUGGCCUCCCAAAUACUAUCAAGAGCAAAAAUUUACAUAUGAUGUUUCUCGCGAGAAAUAUGCUUAGUGGGCCGAUUCCUUCCUGGAUUUCUAGCUUAGACAAAGCGGAUUUAUCAUAUAACAAUUUUACAAAUUCAUCGUCCAACAUCACAAAGACAAAGUUAGAUGGGUUUAAGAUAAAUGUCGAGCCAAACAGGAGAACUAUACUUGAUUUGAAAGAUAAGCAUUGUCAAGGAAAAGAGUAUAAUAAUCUAUUUAUAAAUUGCGGCGGCGAGAAAAUUCGUGUUGAGGGGAUUGAUUACGAUGGAGAUAAUGCAAGAUCGAAUUUUAAUGUAGAUCAUGAUGGAAAAUGGGCUUACGCUUGUUCAGGAGGAUUCUUGGACUAUCUUUCGAACUAUGUCAAUAGAAGUGAUUACAUAAGAGAAACUACAAACGGAAGCUCAAUAUUUGAAAAUGACGGAAUGUUGUACAAAACAGCUCGCCUUUGUCCAGUGUCACUCUCUUACCAUGGCUUCUGUAUGAGGAAAGGCAACUACACAGUCAAACUUCACUUUAUUGAAAAUACUUUUGCCAUGGAUGAUGAUGACUACAGCAAAUUAAAGGAACGUAUUUUUGAUGUUUAUAUUCAGGGGGAGAGAAGAUUAAAGGAUUUCAACAUAAAAUAUGAGGCAAAUGGUCCAAACAGAAUUGUCACCGAGGUUCAGCCUGUUGAAAUACAAGAUAAUAUCUUGGAGAUUCAUCUCUUUUGGGCUGGCAAAGGAUCUCAAAUCGACUUAAAUGGACCUCUCAUAUCAGCCAUCGCGGUAACACCAAACUUCAAACACGGAGAGAAACUCUCUCCUCCACAAAUAGCAGGGAUAGCAGUAGGUGCUGUACUGACUCCAUUGCUUGUAUUGACAUUCAUGUGGCAAAUGGGCUGGUUGGAAAGCAAAGAGCUGCAAAAAAUCCACAUAGACGUCCAAGGCAAAUCUGUUACCCUCCAACAAAUAAUAGAUGCUACUAGAAAUUUUAGCUCCAAAAAGGAGAUUGGGAAGGGGCGUUAUGGGAUAGUAUACAAGGCUGAACUGCCUGAUGAAAUUAAAUUAGCAGUGAAGAAGAUUUCUCCUGACAUAAAUCAGCAAGAGAAGAAUGAAUUAAAAAGCGAAAUUUUCAGCCUGAAAUCUUUGAGGCAUGAGAAUGUGGUUCAGUUGUUGGAUGGCUAUUGUGAUAAGAAAGGCCUUUAUCUGCUAAUAUAUGAGUAUAUGGAUAAUGGCUCCCUACAUCAGGCCUUGUUCGAUCCAAAUUCAAGAACCAUUCUUGAUUGGAAAGUGAGAUAUGAUAUAUGCUUGGGGAUAGCAAAAGGUUUGAAGUAUCUGCAUGAAGAAAAAAGAUUUGAUAUCGUCCAUGGAAACAUAAAAGCUACAAAUAUUCUGCUUGACAAAUCUUUCACUGCUAAGUUAUCGGACUUCGGAUUAGCAAGGCUUUGCCGUGAGGAAGAUCCAUUCAUGUCUAUCAUCAAAGCAAGAGCAGCAAGAGUAUAUAUGGCACCUGAGUAUGCAAGAGGAGAGGUCAUCACCGUUAAAGCAGAUGUCUACAGCUUUGGAGUUGUUCUACUGGAAAUUGUCAGUGGGAAAAUCAGUGCAGAUCAUACGCGAAAUGGGGAAAUUGAUUUCCUCCUUGACAGGGCUUGGGUUUUGCACACCAAGAAAAGGAUUCUGGAUUUGGUUGAUAAGAAGUUAUCCAAUUAUGAUAGAAAGCAAGCUAUCACUGUGCUAAAUUUAGCAAUCACGUGCAUCAAUCACUCCGCUACUCUCAGGCCUACAAUGUCUGAAGUUGUGGGUGUACUGUCUGAAGAAAUAACCCUUGAUCAAAUUUCCAAAGCCAACACUUCUUAAUGAGCAAAUUUGAGAUACUUCCCCUUUUGAAUGAUAAUCAUGUGUUGGAGUUUGGGAUUGCUAUAUAUCGUGUUGGAUCGAUUUAUCUGUACACAUACACAUAUUUAUCAAGUCUUGAGAAUAUUAUUAUUAACUCUUGUGAUUUUUUUUUUCUUGUGACUUUGGCACGGAUGUAUAAGUGCAUAAUUUGCAUUUCCAAUGGAUUUAUUACUUGGGUGUGGA